GUCUGUGGCCAGCGGGUGACCUCCUACCGACGUCAACCCGAGCCUCAUGCUCGCUCGAUCCGACGAGCCCGACACUCGACUGCCACCACCCGCCUCCCAGAGCCUGCACCCAAGAUUGAAGACCGACAUCUCGAAAGACCAGACACCCCGCAGAACAGCAGCAGCAUCAUCCGGCGGAUUCGCCGCCGCCGUCCGCUACCUGUCGUCAACUCAACUCUCCCCCAGCCGCAGCCAUGGCCGGGGCAGACGACUCGCCCUUCCCGCCGCUGCUCAAUGAGCUGGCCCGGGUGAGGCGGUCCAACCUCACCGCCGCCAUCGGCGACGUGGACAAGAUCAUCGACCUUCUGGCGAACGCACGCGAGCAGGUCGCCGCAGACGCGGACGCACAUAGAAUCGGCAUGGCGAUGACGACGCUGCAAAACCCCGUCAAGGCGCAGCUCGAGGCCAUCACAAACGACCUCAAGGAGGUGACCAAGGCGCAAAAGGCCUUUGGCAAGGCCCUCGACAAGGCCAUGCCCCAGCGGGACCUGCCCAUGGAGACGGACGCUAUGGCCGACCACCCGGCCCUCAUCAACCGCGCCAUCGCCAUGCACCUGCUCCGCGAGGGCCAGUUCUCUGUCGCCUCGACCUUUGUGCGCGAGGAGCAGCAGCAGCGGGAGCAGAACGAGACGGCCGCCGCCAUGGCUCACGCCCACGCCCACGCCCACGCCCACACCCAUACCGGUGCUUCCGCCGCCGCCACCCCGCGAAGAGACCGCGACGGGGACGACGACAUGAACAAGGAUGACGACGACGACGACGAUGACCAAGGGAUAGUCGACAGCAAGGGCAACAGAAACAACAACAGCAACAACGACACUGGCGCCGACGCCGAGAUGCACAGCCUGCACUCGGAGGACCUGCAGGACAAGUUUUCCGAAAUGUACAGCAUCCUGGCCGAGCUCAAGCAGCGCAACCUCGGCCCAGCUAUUGAGUGGGCGCGCCUCAACAACGCCCGCCUCGAGGCCAAGGGCAGCAACCUCGAGUUCGAGCUCUGCAAGCUGCAGUACAUUUGGCUCUUCAAGGGCCACGCCGCCAACGGCCUCCCCAACGACGAGCGCAACGGCCAGAUGGGCGCCCUCGCCUACGCCCAGCGCCACUUUGCGCCCUUCCAGCGCCGCCACCUCAAGGAGAUUCAGCAGCUCGUCUGCGCCAUGCUCUUCGCCUCCAACCUCGAGGCGUCGCCCUACCGCUCCAUCUUCGAGAUCGACUCGGCCUUUGAGGACGUUUCCACGUCCUUUACCCGCGAGUUCUGCUCCCUCCUCGGCCUCUCCGCCGAGUCGCCCCUCUACAUGGCCGUCACGGCCGGCUCCAUAGCCCUGCCCCGUCUCAUCAAGUACACCACCUAUAUGAAGGAGAAGAAGACGGAGUGGACCACGGAGAACGAGCUCGCCUUCGAGACCCCCCUCCCCGAGUCCAUGAUCUACCACCCCAUCUUCGUCUGCCCCGUCAGCAAGGAACAGACGACGGAGCAGAACCCCCCCAUGUUGCUCCCCUGCGGCCACGUCAUCUGCCGCGACAGCCUGCACAAGAUCUCCAAGGGCUCCAGGUACAAGUGCCCCUACUGCCCCAUGGAAGGCCACCUGCGGGACGCCGUCAAGAUUACCCUGUGAGAGUGGGCAGACCGGUGUCGGCGGCGGGCGGGAGCCCUGGGCUCAGAAACAGCGGACCGUCGGCUGCUACAAGUCUCACGAUUGCAUAUGGUGGCGUUUUCAUGGUUAGGGGCGUUGCGGAUCGAAUUGAUUGAUUGGGAACCUCACUCAGCUUUGGGUUGAACGAAUAGCGCACUGUGCCCUUCUUUGUACGGUUGAGCCAGUGAUGUGGGAACUUGGUUUGGGAGAAGCUGUGUUGUGUUCACGUAGUCUUGCAGCGUAACAUAAUAUCUUUGAGCAUGCGAGGCCCACCUAUCCAUCCCAUGAUAGCCUG